AUGGCAUUAAGUGUAAUGGGCGGAUGCCAAGCUACUUUGUUUGUAAUCAAAGCAAUGGAACUCGUGAUUGCACUCAUCUUGACCAUGUCAACAUUACUUCUUAUACUCUCUCGUCCACGAUUACGUAAACAACAUUAUAUAUUCCCUUUUAACCUUACUCUCGCUGAUUUAACGGGCGUACUCGCAUACGCAUUUAUCGAGAUCAUGAGAUAUCACAAUCAGGGCAUCAUUUACGCAACUGAUCUGCUGGCAUUGCCCAGCAUCCUAGUCAUGACUGUCAUUGUGUCCAACAUGAGUAUCUUACUGGUCGCUAUCUAUCAGCUUAUCACCAUCCGAAUCGACCCGUUUGGGGUGAAAAACAUCAUUACGACUCCUCGAUGUAUCAUCACCUGUGCCGUAACCUGGUUCAUUGUGGCAGGGCUGGGGAUAGCUGUUUAUCGGUUUUCUUACCAAUAUGAUAUAAUGUAUUCCUGCAUCAUCGUUGUCUCUCUCGUGGCAACAUCUAUCUGCUAUAUCUUCAUCUAUCGCUCCGUUGCUCGGGUCGAAUCCAACGGCAACAUCCAACUGGAAGAGAGGAAGAAAGAGAACCAACGAGUCCUGCGGACAUUCUGUAUGGUCAUGGGGACAACUGUCCUGUUUAUGCUUUACCCAGUUGGUUUUGGGCUCUGUCGUUAUCUCAUUCACUACACAUUACCGUUGGAACUUCACUUCUGCAUAGUGUAUAUACAAGAGACGAUGGUUAUUACUAAUUAUAUAGCUAACAGCCUGAUUUACUGGUGGAGACUCAAGGACUUUAGAUCUGUCAUAACUACUUUCAUAAAGGGUUGUAACACCAGCGGUACACAUGUGAUAGAGAUGUAAAUCAGGGUAACUCUUUGGGAAUGACCCCAUAUUUCGGAUCUAGAUCUGGAGGUGGUAGCCGGGGGGGGGGGGAGGGGGGGGGGUGGAGUAAAAAUUACUCAGAUUUUAAAAAAUAUUCAAUUCAAUUCUUUAUUCCAUUUCCAUUCAAAACAUAAUACAAAGUAAUUAUAAAUCACGUACAAUUUUACAGACGAGCAUUUAUACUUCGUAAAAAAAACCCGAUAAAAUAUGAUAAAAUAAUACACAUAAAUUUACAUAGCGCAGCUUUUACAUAGAAUAUAAUCAGCUACGCUUGUUCAGAGCUCAUUUGACCUAUUUCUAUAAUUAUGUAGGCCUUCACAGCAGUUUUCUUAAGGACACACCCAAGACAAAGUUGAUUUGCAUAAAGGAGAAAAAUCCAAUAGGCAUAACACUGAAAAUGUCAUGAAAAUCGGAUGUAAAAUAAGAAAGUUGGGUAAUUCCAUAAAAUGAUCAACGUUUUUGUACGUCCAGAAGGUCCCACAUCAGAUAAGGGGGUCGGACGUACAUAUUUUAUCAAAUUGCCCAGUUAUGAUAUUUUAAAGUUUCUCUUAAUUUCACAAAACAUAUCCUGGUCGGUAUUAAUGAUGGGACUGAUGAUGUCACCCAUUCCAUAUUUCUUUAGUAUUUUCUUAUAAUGAUGGAAUACAAUAUCUAAUUUUCUGAUCGCUGUCCUGUAAAACACAAUUUUAUUCCUCCCUGAAGAUGUGGAAUUACUAUUAAAAAAAUCAUGGUUUAUUUAAGUUGGUCCUUAUUGUUAAAUCUGUUCGAAAUAAAAUAUUGUAUAAUUCAAACAAUAAAAAGAAAAUAGUGAGCGAGGGGCAUCAUCGACUCGCUCAUUUGCAUGUCACUGAUUUGUGGAUAUAACUGUUUUGUGAAAAAUAAGUAAAACUUUAAAAUGUCAUGACUUUUUAUUUUAUUUUACACCCGAUUUUUAUGAAACUUUCAACAUUAUUGUUUGAUUUUGCUGAAUUGCUUCAAACCAAUAUAUUUUCUGCGGUGGUCUUGACCUUUAACUAAAGAGGUGUGUUUCCGAUUUCGAUUUACAGAUAGUUAGUGAUGGUCGUGAUGGAGAUCUUCUUAUUUCAAUUGGUAGGGUAUAAUUCCAUAGUUUGGGGGUAGCAAGUAUGUGCUAUCUCCUAGUGUGACUUUUGUUUGGCGAUAGGUAAUCUGGAACAAUAAUUUAUCUGUGGAACUUUGCAAGCAUCGACUGUGUGAUUUUGGAGAAGUUUGACCAUUGACCAAUCGUGAUUUAUAUGCAAUUAGCAGAAUUCUGAAUGAAAUUAAAAAUACACAUACGAGUGGAUGAGCGAAUCGAACAAGCCGACUCCUGGGAAAGCUGAAGGAUAUAUAAUACAGUUUGGUUCAAUUUCUACGAAAAUUAAAGAGGAUUUUAAUAUUUCGGGGGGAGUCGCCUGGCUCUAAUGCGUAUGGUCAUGAUGCCGUCAUGGAUCGUCUGAUCGCGAAAUGUUAGAGAACCAUGGCAUAAGUAUAAGUAAGUUUAUAUGGCAAUUUAAGUUAUUUCCCACAUUCUUAAUUACCAAGUCAACAUUUAGUACUAGCGAGAUGCACCCGACACGGGAGCGAGCAAACUUCAGCAAAGUAGGGACAAUGGGCUUUUUCACACGUGAAUCUUGAAUCAUCAUUGUAAUGAUGAUUGCUAAUCGUGACUGUGAUUAGCGUUCGUGAUUCUAAUCAUGUUCGAGUUUGGUUUCACACGUGCUAAAUAUUCGUCAUUAGCCCUUUUUUUUCACUGGAAUCACCAUUCAAAUUACGAUUUUUUUUUACCGUGAGAAAGGGCGGUUUGAUUACUCUUGCACUUUGGAAUUCAUUUUUAUCACCAUUCGCAAAUCCUUAAAAUUGUUAACAUAGUUCGGAACAUUUGGAUAAUAUGACGGUAUGAUUUUAAUAAUAACAUGAAAUCAAACAACGAAAUCACAAGACUAGUUUGUAAUAUUCUCAUUUAAAAAAGAUAAAUAUGCACAUAAAACCAUGGAUCAUAAAUUGGAUUGUAAGUUUCUUAGAAUUUCGCAAACAAUGUACAUUUUUUACUCUGUAAUUUAUUGUGCCAACACUGACUUGUAAACGUGAAUUUUCCAGCUUCGGCUGUUUUUUCAUGUGCGAUUGUUACUAACAUGUUUGAUCAUCAAAAAAUACAUUUUUUUUAGAUU